GUCUAAUGUCUCCAGCAAAACAGCUUGACCGCGUCGGUCUGAAUGGAAAUUUCGCCGCCUGGUCUCUAUGCCAAUUGAUGCGGACUUUGAAGCGCGAAAGUAGCAGAUAAGACCGCGUCGCUCUGAAGUCUGGCUUCAGAAACACAUAUCAAAUUUUUGUACAUUGGGAGUGGAGCUAGCGCUCUGAGCCCGUAAAGAUGGCUGCCUCAAACAAGCAAGGCAAGAUGGCCGGAUACAUCAACUACCGGAUGCGGGUCACCCUCAAUGAUGGCCGGCAAAUGGUGGGACAGAUGAUGGCGUUUGACAAGCACAUGAACCUCGUCCUGGCCGAUACCGAAGAGUUCCGCAAAAUCAAGAGGAAGCAGGCCAAGCCCGCUGCCCCUGGCGCAUCCGGCGCAUCCUCAUCAACCGUCGAGUCGGAGGAGAAGCGAACGCUCGGCCUUACGAUCGUACGCGGAGCCCAGAUUGUCUCGCUUUCUGUGGAAUCGCCGCCUCCAGCAGAUCCUAGCGCGCGCCUCGGAAAGGCAACAACAGGUGGCAUUGCCUCGACCCUGACCGCUGGUCCUGGUGCGGCACGGCCAGCUGCUAGAGGAGCCGCCGCUCCCAUCUCUCUUGCCGGCCCUGCUGCUGGCGUUGGAGGUGCUCCUCCCCCAGGCUUCCCCGGUUUCCCAGGCGCCGGCGCUCCUGGUUUCCCUCCCCCAGGUGCACCCGGCUUUCCGCCUCCCGGAGCUUUCCCGCCCGGAUUUCAGCCUCCGCCAGGCUUUGGUGGCCGUGGCCAAGGCCCGCCAGGCUUCAAUCCGCCUCCGCGACGAUAAGAUGCUUGGAAGCGUUUUGGUUUGUUAAGUAGCAUGGUUUGAGCAUUAAAACUCACGGCGUUUUGGCGGAAAUUUUACGAAAACCUACGAUACAGCGCUCCAACUUGUGAUGGAGCAUGACAGUUUGGUGUGUGGACUGAAUCAUACACGAGAAGCUUUUUACCCGAAUAGCUCUCCUCAAACAACAUGUUAGACGGUUUAUGAAACACCAAAUCGUCUGCUUUUCCAAGUUUCUACUUUUAACCAAUCACACGUGACGAAAUUCAAAUGUUGAGCCCGAUAUGCAAUCUCGGAGACGGGCGGGCUUUGUUCGGCAUCAAUAAAGCCAAGCUGACCUCCGCACCAGACGCUCAGAGGGGUACUAGCUCCAAUGCAUGAGCUGGACUUGCA